AAGUACAUGCGAAACUGUCCUCACCUGACCUGGGUCAAACUGGCUGUCCUUAAACACAGCAUAGUAUAAAGCAGACAUAGGAAUCUGAGAGGGGAUUUUUUUUUCAUCCAGGAACAAACGCAUAGAUAAUUGGCUUUAGUUUGACAAUGAGGAAAUGAAGUAUUGAAAUAAGUGUCUCGCGGCUGCUGUGCAGUCAUGGUUCCGUUUGAGUACGUACUGUCUCAGGUGAGAAAAGCUCUACAGGCCAGCCCUAGCCUUCUGCACGAGCUUCUGAGAGAGCUGCACGAGGCCAACGUCUUCUCCACCCAGUAUUACCAGUCUCUCUACAAGGAUGGUGAAGAUGGAGAGUGUUUGCGUGACCUUUUUUAUAAUGAUCCAGAAGAUCUGGCCAGAAGACUCACUUUACCUAUCUGGCAAAACUGGGGCAUUAGUCAAGGCAUCCUGGAUUCAGUACUCUCCAAAGAGAAGGAUAUGGUUCCUUCUGAUGCUGAAAUGCAAGACAUUGUCGUAGACCUGAUGUCUGAUCUUUUACCUGACAGUGUCUUCUUUGAAUGUCUCAACUCACUUGAGUCUAUUGAAGAAGAUUUCGAUCCCAAAUGCUUUGAUAACUUUUCAGUUGACACGGACAGAACCUCCACGCCAAUACCAGAAAAGGCUUCUUUUCCAGGUGAAGUGCAAAGCAGAAAGCGAAAAGUUGAUGCAACUUCAGACAGUUACUGCAGCAACAAAAAAGCAACUGCGUGGCCUGAAAGUCCCUCAAACGGAAGGCCAGCCACCAUUACCCCUGAGAGUAGCUUCCAUCUGAGCUCAAACCAGCUCCAGCAUGUGUUACCCUUCCCUUUCAGUCCCACUCUUCUGCCCCCUAGUGGAGGUUCACCACUACAAUUCAUCCAGCCCAUCGGCCCUUAUACUGCGCCUCUAAUUGGCACUGUGGUUCCAUCAGGGACUACGUAUGUGAUUGUAUCUGCAGUGUCGCCCCAGUGUGUGAGUCCAGGCACUCAAAUAAUUCCUCUUUCACCUGCCGAUGGUGCAGUUGCCCCGAAAGAGCUCACUGUUUCCGAACUUCCAGUUGGCUCAUUUUCAGACAGUGCAUGCCAGGGUUUGCCACCAGUAUCUGUAGACACACUGUCCCCUACAAAAGAAGGAAACGCACAGAAAAACUAUGAUUCCACACCUCCAAAAACUGAAAGGAAAAUCCGCCCAGAAGCACCAGAAUGUGUUAAGGAGUACAUACAUCACAUCAAAUCAUACAUGAGAGAUGUCUGCUGCUCUAUGCGUGAGGGAAUGGAAAUGGAGUCACACUAUGUGGACGCGCAUCCGGUCCAGAGGAAACUCCUUAUAAAAUCCGGCAAGAAUGCAAAUAAGUGUUUGGAGAAAGAACUGGUCGUCCUUAGUAAUUCAGAGCGAAAGAAAGCGAAGCUAGACCGAAGCCAGUUGUUUCAUAACAGUGAUUCCAAACUAAAACAGUCAGUCGCUCUCCUGGGAAAAGCCGGAGUGGGGAAAACCACAUUCAUUCAGCGUUUAUGCCUGGACUGGGCAAGCGGCAGCAUGCCUCAAUUUCAGUUUGUUUUUUUGUUGAACUGUCAACUUUUAGACCUCACGCAAUCUAACUACAGCUUGAAAAGUUUACUGUUGGAUUUGUCUAUGUCUCCUCGCUGCGAGGACUCAGACUCUGUGUUCAAACACGUUCUGUCCUGCCCUGAUGAAGUUCUCAUUAUCUUCGACAGCUUCGAUCGCAUUAAAGACUUUGAGGGGCUUCUCCAAUCCCCUGCUAAAUCACACACAAACACUAAAUACACCAUCAAACAGCUUUUUUCAGGUUUGUUCCAAAAGGAAAUCCUCUCGGGCUGCACGCUCCUCAUUGCCACGAGGCCUAAAGAUGUUUUAAAUCAGGUGCUGCGAAAAAUGGACAGCCUUUUGGAGCUUUGUGGCUUCUCUCCUCAGGACAUUGAGUUGUAUACGUCAAAAUAUUUUGGGGAUUCCUCCCUCCAAGAAAGUGCACUUAAACAGAUUAAGAAUCACAGAUACAUAUCCAGUUUAUGCUCCAACCCGUUACUUUGUUCGACUAUCUGCUUCCUUCUCGAGCACCAAGACAGCUGCAAUGAUGAUUUGCCUUCAACCCUCACAGACUUGUACCAAAGAGCGACCUCAAAGCAUCUGCAACUAGCUAGCCUUGAAAAUAACUCACUGUGUAAAAAUAGAAGACAGCUGGACAUCCCACAGUUGUGCAAAAUGGCAUGGGAGGGACUCGAGAAUCAUGAUUCACGUGUAAACCCUGCCAGUUCCACAGAGCUGCUGAACUGCGCUCUUAAAAGUGGCAUACUUGCAUCCUACAAAACAUCUGAGUGCCAGGAAAACCACUUUGUGGACCUUUUCACUCAGAACCUCCUGAGCGCUGUGCACCUGGUACAGUCUGAACAGGUGAGCGAAAAAAUGGUGGUGGCAAACAGCGUAGUCCUUCAGAAAAAACGAAAGGUUCAGGGAGAGUCGCAGGACGUGCUGCACAGGUUUGUCACGGGCUUGGUCUUCCGGAAGGCUGCUGAUGGAGUCAGCAUUCUGGACGGCAGUGUCAACAUAAAAGCCAAAAGAAAGGCUAUCGAAACCCAUCUGGAGAGCAUGAAGCCUAAUGAUUUGGUUCCUGCCAGGUUACUAGAACUGUUUCAUUGUGUUUACGAGACCAGCAGUGCCAAAUUUGCCAAACUGCUGUUGAAGAACCUGCCUGACAAUCUGUCAUUCUAUGGGACGCAGCUUUGCCCGUCGGACGUGUAUGUUAUAUGCCAUCUCCUUCAAUAUGCCAGUGCAUUGAAGCGGACCUUCUCCAUUAACCUGCAAGAUACAUGCAUUCCCAUCUGUGGCCUGAAAGAGCUUGUGGGACUCGAGUGUAUCAAAUCAUUCUGGGCACACACAGCAGACACCAUUGGCUUAUGGGAGGACUUGCAUCAAAACAAUGAUGAACUGAACCUGAAAAGUGCCAUUGAGAAAUUCACCUUGCACCCAUUCAAGGCAACACAAGGAUAUCACAUAGAGAGCCUGCCUGUACUUGUCCAAAUUCACAGACAGAAGAAGUUACCGAUGAGUGAAUUUGUGUCUGCACUGGAUGAAGGUGUACCAGCUCUCCGACAUCUUCAGAGACUGGAGUUUGAGCUCGGAGUCCAGAACGGUCCUGAACUUUUCCCUAAACUCAUAGAGGUCCUGCCUUCUCUGCAGUCUCUCCAACAUCUGGACCUUGAGAAAAACCAAAUAGGAGACUCUGGCACUGAGAAACUUGCUGGCGUUUUACAUUUUUUGGAAUGUCUGAAAUUGCUAAAUCUGUCUCAAAACCACAUUGGAGAUGUUGGAGUGGAGAAACUGGCUAAAGCUUUGGCAUCAGUCCCUUCUCUACAGAGUCUCAGCCUCUAUGGAAAUGCAAUUGCUGACAGUGGAGCUGAAAAUCUGGCCUCGGUUUUACCAAACAUGAACUUACUGCAGGACUUGGAUGUAAAGUUCAACAAGUUCACAGACAUUGGAGCUACAAAGCUCAGUGCUGCUCUGAAAAACUGCACAGGAAUGAAGUCUCUGGAGCUGUGGAACGACUGCAUUCCAUACGGAGUUUUUGAACACCUCCAUCUUCAAGAUCCACGGAUAAGAUCACUUUAAUGCAUUUUGACAUUUAAAAACAUUUGGUUUUAUAUAUAUAAAAUCAUAUUUCAUAUAGUUAAUCAACAUUUGUCAACGAAGACACUAAACUGCUUUGAAAUGUUGUUUCACUCUCAUUGAAAUGACUUUACAUUUGAAUGACAUUUUGAUUGACUUGCACUUUCUGACACUUUUGUGAAUAUUCUCUGCAGUACAAAAUUUAUUUUUUUACGAUUUUAUACUGUAUUUUGCUAUAAAUACAAGUUCUAUGAGUCUGCUUUGCAGAUUGUGACAGUUUCAGAUGUUAGAUACAUCAAAAAUUUAGCUGCUUCUGUAACUCCUGUUAGUUAAUACUGCUGUUUUGAGUUUCUGUUCAGUUGUGGUUUUCUGGGGCUGAAUAAAUACAUGUAUGUACAAUAAAAUCAAAUGCAUAUAAUAUA